AGCUCAAGCCACAGGGGACUACGGGGGAUUUGAAGUGCGAAAACGCGGUCGCCGACAAAGUCGACUAGAGAACAGACCGGGAAGGGGGGAACGCAACACAGCACUCGAGUUCACCUUCCAGCGAAGAGCAGAGAUCACCCCCCUCGUCAUCUCAACCUCACACAACCACACCCGCCACCGCCCUCCGAAGCAAUGCCUGGACGUGUGAUACGAUGGCGGGUUAAGGACCCUUUUGACCCUAACCGGGCGCUUAUCCGCAUGUCCUGGAACAAAUACAACCUCUACGCACUCGCCACACGCAACCGCCCCGAAGACUUGACCCGCAAAUCAGUGUACCAGCAGAAAUGGACCGCCAAGCGAGAAUUGCGUGCCUACCACGUCCCGAACAUCACAGAGAGGCAGCUGAUUCAGCGCCACUGGUCUGCACGGCUGCCGCUGCAACAGCUGACGCAGGCGGAGAAGGAUGCUCUGCCGCCUGUGCAAGCGCUCGCUUUUGCGGAGACUGAGAGGAGACUGGACGUGGUGGUGUUUAGGAGUCACUUUGCGAGCAGCAUUUGGAAUGCGAGGACUGCUGUUGUGCAAGGGCAUGUGAAGGUCAAUGGGGUACCGUGCGCUUACCCAGCCCGCCGCCUGGAAGAUGGAGAUCUUAUCACAGUAUCCCCACGAGUGAUCCCAACCUUGACCGGGCCAGUAAAAGAAACCCGAGAGUUCAAACGGAAGGAGUACAUGGCACCAUGGAUGUUCAUCCCAUCCUACCUCGAGGUCGACUACAACACCUGCUCGACCGUAUUCCUCCGCACACCGUUACCACAACCCAACGAAGUCGAGAUCCCAUCCCCGUUCCCUCCAGCCUGGCAUCAACUAGUCUACGAGUGGUAUUCUUCCAUCUAUAAGAAGAAGGAGAGCAUUCGCACGAAGGAAACGCUGAAGAAGCCCGUCGUGGUGGAAGGGCAGACGGUCAGGUUGAAGAAAAAGUUUGCUCAGCUGAGGAGGAAGGAUGACCAGGAGAGGAUCGCGGAGAAGAAGAAGUUGAAGGAGGCGAGGGGAUUGAGGGAACGGGAGGGCCAGGAGCAGGAGAGAAGGGAGGCUGCGCCUCUGUAGUUCAUGGGACUGGUAGAAUCUUCUGGGGGUGCACGGGUACAUCAUAGGAUCUAAUGUACAUAGUACUGCAUUUUCUCACCGCACCUUCUUUAAAGAAUAUUUAUAGAUCAUAUGAGGCAUUAAAAUGCACAUUGUUGCGAACUUUUGA